GGGGGGUCAGUGUUGGCUCCCUGGACAGCACUAUGGAAGGCUCCAUCAUUAACAGUCCCAGGCUUCAUCAGCGCCCCCACAUGGGUGGGGGUGUAAUGCCACCCUGUUGCUAUGACAUCCAAGACUACCGGCCUCACCACCCCAUCCUGAGCCCCGGGACGGGAGUGGGGGGUGGGCCGGGGCUAAAUCACAAUACCGCUACUGGGACGACGGCACUGGUUCCCAGCAGCGGAGACCGAGGGGUGACAGGAUCCCAGGGGAGCGGGUCUGGAGGGGGAGGGGGCAGUGGAGGCUCCUUCCUGGGUUCCCUGUUUGGGAGCAAGCGCCCCAACACCAAGCCGCCUGGUCCUCUCCCCUCUCUCCCCCCUCUCCUCCCACCUGGGCUGCCAGACUACCCUGCACCUGUCCCCCCGCCCACCACCGGCGGCCCGCCCCCACACUCCCCCUCCGCCCUCAGCAACUCCGACCCAGGAGGGCCCUCCAAGAUCCAGGCCCUGCACGCCCAGUACUGCCACAACAGUACCGCAGGGCAGCAGCCUCCUCCAUCCUACUACCAUCACCACCACCGCUACCACGCCCAGACAGGGCCCGCUCCCAGCCAGCCCUCCUCCACUGCCCAGGGGGCCCCUGGGCCUCAUACCAUCCACAGGGGCCCCCUGGUUGGGGUCCCCAAGCGGCCGGGCCCCGGUCCUGCUCCCUCCCAGCUGCAGCAGCAUGGUGUACAGGGUCAGGGGGGGUUCUAUACCAACAUGGGGGUUUCUAUGGGGGUAGGCUGCCCCCCUCCGCCCCUUUCUCCACAUUCUCCUCACUCGCCGGGGCCCCCGACCCUCUACCACACACACUCCACUCACGGUCGAGGAGGAGGAGGAGGAGGCGCCAAGCUCCCUCUUACUCUCUCGCGCUCGCAGCCCCACCCUCACGCCCACACCCAUGUCCCUCAUCUUACCGCUCAUUCCCACAACCACAGCCCCCAUCCCGGCCUUUCCCUCAGCCCCCAUCUCGCCCAACACCCUCAGCACCAGACUCACUUCAUCUUUGCCGCCCCUCCCCCACAGACCCCUUCCGCCCGGUACGUCCCACAGACCGACGCCCACAGCCACGCCCAGUACCUCCCGCUCUCCUCCAUACCCCCUCCCCCUCCUCACUCCCCUUUACCCCCCCCUUCCUCCCCUCACACCCCGCUUACCCCUCUCUCCCCCUACACCCUCCAGCUCCAGCCGCCCAGCCAGCCGCCCAGCCACCCACCCCAGCACCAGGGAGGGCAGCAGGGGUCUGGCGGGGGCAACAGCAGCACGGGGUCGGGCAGCACCACCAGCUCCACGUCCAAGCCUAUCAACCGCAUCAGCACGGUGGUGUGAGUGUCAGGAGACGCAACAACCCUCCCAGACACCAGGGGGCACCGCUCGUCAGACUGAGGUCGUCAGACCAGGACAACUACAGGUUUAAGAGGGGCCACGCCCAGAUCAUCCAAUAUGGCCGCCGGCGCUCUGGGAGAGGCAGGAGGAGGUGGGGCUUGAUCAGGCUGUGUUACUUCCACCUCCGGUUUCCUCACAGAUUCACAUUCAGGUAGAGAGGAAGGGGAAGAUACUAACUCACUGAAGAGGAAGAUACUAACUCACUGAAGAGGAAGAUACUAACUCACUGAAGAGGAAGAUACUAACUCACUGAAAGUUUGACUCACUCUCCAGACUCAGAGACUAGAGGAAGAGGAAGACGCACACAAAAAAAUGAUAUUCAAUGACUCAUGGACAGUAUAGAGGUUAAUAGUUGUAAAGACAUUCAGUGACUCAUGGACAGUAUAGAGGUUAAUAGUUGUAAAGACAUUCAGUGACUCAUGGACAGUAUAGAGGUUAAUAGUUGUAAAGACAUUCAGUGACUCAUGGACAUUAUAGAGGUUAAUAGUUGUAAAGACAUUCAGUGACUCAUGGACAUUAUAGAGGUUAAUAGUUGUAAAGACAUUCAGUGACUCAUGGACAGUAUAGAGGUUAAUAGUUGACGUGAGAAGAAGGAACGAGAGAUAGAUGAGUUGAGUGUGCUGCCGAAAGAGGAAGUGGUGUUCUGUGUCUUUGUGUGGCAUGUACGUACGCGUGACCUCAUGGUACAGUGAGCUCCCAAAAGUAUUGGGACAGUGACACAUGUGACUGUGAGGUUAAUGUGCAGACUGUCAGCUUUAAUUGGAGUGUAUUCUCAAUCAUAUCGGGUGAACCGUUUAGAAAUGACAGCAAUUUGUGUAUGUAGUCUCCACAUUUUAAGAGUAUUGGGACAAAUUCUCUUAUGUGUACUGAAGUUUACUAUUUGGUCCUAUAUUCCCAGCACGCAUUGAUUACAUCAAGCAUGUGACUCUACAAACUCGUUGGAUGCAUCUGCUGUUUGUUUUGGUUGUGUUUCAGAGUAUUUUGUGACCAAUAGAAAUUAAUUGGUAAAUAAUG